GUCCUUACACUCAUUCAACAAUGCUCUCCUUUCUGGUAAUCUUGGCUGUCUCGGCCACUGCUGUUCAGGCUGGAAAGCGUGGUCUCGCAUGGACUUGGUUCAACAGCGACCUUGAUCCUGGCGUCUUCAACACAGGGAGCGGAGAAGUUGUCGCUAUUUAUGACUACGAAACCUAUGCUCCUCCUUCCACAAACAGCAGCGGUGGUCUGAAUUUCAUUGGCAUGCAGCGUUGUACGGACUGUGACAGCAGCCCCAUCGCAGACCUCGCCAGCCGUCAGGCUGAUCAAGGCUGGAAUACUGUGUUCACGUUGAACGAACCAGACAUGAACAGUAUCUCUGCAUCUGAUGCCGCCUCCUGGUACAUCGAAUACAUCAGCCCUUUGACAAUCAAAAAGGCCCUUCCUGCGGUGACCUCGAGCACAACAUCUGGAGAGGGCCUCAGCUGGCUCUCUGCCAUGAUCAGCGCGUGCGAAAGCGCUUGCGAUGCCGACUACAUCAACCUGCACUGGUACGGAUCGAGCUUCACCGACUUCCAGAGCUAUAUCGAGAAUGCGAUUAGUGAAUUUCCUGAUUACGAAGUAGUGAUCACCGAAUUUGCUCUGACGAACCCUUCCGGUGGCGAAUCCGACCAGUUGGCUUUCUUCUCAGAAGCAUUCGCUUGGCUUGAUACGAUUGACACUGUCGUUUUUUACUUCCCGUUCUUAUCCACCACUCCCUCCCUCCUCUCUGCGAACGACGCCAGUUCCGUCUCGUAUGUCGGUACUGGUUCUUGUCUGUUCAAUGAUGACGGGACACCUUCAUCGCUGGGAAACCUCAUGCUAUAGGCUGGUGUUAUGUUAUCGAAGCCUUUCUUCCCGGUAGAAGAGAGGUCUAACAAACCAGGGAUGGGUCAGACGUUAUUAGAAGGAUGAGAAUACAUAGCAUGUGUGGCAUAUACCCUACAAAAUUUUUGCGUCUUAC